AUGUCUAGCCCUACCUUGGGCAGUCCUAUAAAUGGACAUGUAAUGGAAGACGAUAGAAACGACUCCCAUGGCCUCGUCAAGCGCUCCCGAAGCAGCAGCGAGGCCUCGAACCGCUCCCUAACCCCGUCUCGACCGCCCUCGCCCAUAGAAUCCGUCAUCGUCGCCAGUACUGGGGUAGACAACAUCUCUGAUGAUGAUCGCAUGUUGGAAAGCGAAGAAUCUAGUGCUGACGACGCGUCUAACGAUGGCGACUUCGAGAUGCAAAUUGAUAAUCCCUCCCCUCAAGAUCAAGACGACGAGGUGCCCGGCCACAUCAGCUCCAGCGACUCAAAUCAUGUCUCCAAGCGAAAAGCAUCAUUCGACGAAGAGGAGUAUAUCAGAGCCAACCCAGAGCUCUAUGGCCUACGCCGUAGUCGACGGCCCCAACCCCAAGUAAAAGUGGCUGAAUCUGAAUCGGAAUCUGAUGCUGAGCCCAUCAACCGUCGUCAAGCGAAGAGACGACGCGUUGGUAACUCUCGUACUUCCUCUAAAAGAGCAACGCCAGCUCUACAAUUGUCUACCAACGAUUCCGAAUCCGACUCAGACACAUACGGCGGUGCACGAGCAAAAAGCCAGAUCAAGCGCGCGCGACAACGGCUCGAAGCCCAACCUGCGCUGGCUCUCACAGAAAAGCGUUGGUCCAAUCGACGAGCGGCGCAACAAGUCCAGCAAGGGGCUUACGAAGAGAGCGAAGCAGACGAAGAAGAAGAUGACACGGAAGUUGGACAGGGGGUUUUCGUCACCGACUAUGUUGACGAUUCCCCCUAUGUCGAAAAAGUUGUCAGGCACCGGCCCAAAGAUGGCGUCAGCAUUGCGUACGACUCUGACCGCCAUGACUACCAAUACUUUAUCAAAUGGCAAGGAAAGUCGAACUUGCACGACACUUGGGAAACCAUUAAUUCUCUUCAUAACGUGCGUGGCUUCCGCAAAGUCGAAAACUACUUCCGAAAGGUGGUCGAACGCGAGCUCGACAUUACCUUUGGCGAGGAUGUAGCCCCCGAGCUUAAAGAGCAAUACUUUCUUGAUCGUGAGCGUGACGAAGAGGCUUUCGAAGACUUCACAAAGGUCGAAAGAGUCGUCGCCGUCCGGGAUGGCGAAGAUGACACUGAGUACUUCGUUAAAUGGAAAGGGCUCACCUACGAGGAAUGCACCUGGGAAACAGUCGGCGACAUUAGCCCAGAGUUCCAAGACAAGAUUGACCAGUAUCUUGACCGUGCAUCAAGAUCUUGGUUGUCUGAUCGCAAGGAAACCAACCGGGAUACCCGCUCCAUGAUGAAAAAGCUGGAUGAGCAACCUAGCUAUAUCCAAAACGGCGAGUUGCGCUCCUUCCAGCUUCGUGGGCUCAACUUCCUUUGCCUUAACUGGUGCCGAGGCAACAACGUUAUCCUUGCUGAUGAGAUGGGCCUCGGAAAGACGGUCCAAACUGUCUCGUUUCUCAGCUGGCUGCGCAACUGCCGCAAUCAGGAAGGACCCUCGUUGGUUGUUGCUCCGCUCAGUGUCAUUCCAGCUUGGUGCGACACGUUUAACCAUUGGUCACCGGACCUGAACUAUGUCGUGUAUCUCGGCCCCGAAGAUGCUCGCAACAUCAUUCGCGAAAACGAGUUGCUUGUUGAUGGUAAUCCCAAGAAACCCAAGUUCAACGUUCUUCUUACGUCAUACGAGUUCAUUCUUCAGGACUGGCAGUUUCUCCAAUCCAUCAAAUUUCAGGUGCUUGCAGUUGAUGAAGCUCAUCGUCUCAAGAACCGCGAGUCGCAACUCUACAUGCGUUUGGUUGGGUUCGGCAUCCCCUGCAAGGUGCUCAUUACCGGCACACCUAUCCAAAACAAUCUCUCCGAGCUUGCUGCCCUCAUGGACUUCCUGAACCCAGGCAAAGUGGACAUUGACGAGGAUCUCGAUACGCUCUCUGCAGUUGAUGCUCAAGAGAAGCUUCAACAGCUACACUCUUCCAUUGCGCCUUAUAUUCUGCGUCGGACGAAGGAGACAGUUGAAUCUGAUCUGCCGCCAAAGACGGAAAAGAUCAUCCGUGUUGAGCUUUCCGAUCUGCAGCUGGAUUAUUACAAGAACAUCCUGACCAGAAACUAUACUGCGCUGUCCGAUGCGAGCAAUGGCCACCGAAACUCGCUGCUCAACAUCAUGAUGGAGCUCAAGAAGAUCAGCAACCACCCUUACAUGUUUCCAGGCGCAGAGGAACGAGUUUUGGCUGGUAGUGUCCGUCGUGAAGAUCAACUCAAAGGUCUUAUUACAAGCAGCGGAAAGAUGAUGCUCUUGGAUCAGUUGCUGUCCAAAUUAAAAAGAGACGGUCAUCGUGUUCUCAUCUUCAGCCAGAUGGUGAGAAUGCUCGAUAUCCUUGGUGACUACAUGUCUCUCCGUGGCUACAAGUUCCAGAGAUUGGACGGAACGAUCCAGGCAGGGCCCAGAAGAAUGGCGAUCAACCACUUCAACGCUGACGAUAGCGAGGAUUUCUGUUUUCUGCUAUCCACUCGUGCAGGUGGCUUGGGCAUUAAUUUGAUGACGGCAGACACUGUCAUCAUUUUCGAUUCCGACUGGAACCCCCAGGCCGACUUGCAGGCUAUGGCCCGAGCACACCGAAUUGGCCAGAAGCGCCCCGUCAAUAUCUAUCGCCUUGUCUCCAAAGAAACCGUCGAGGAAGAAGUUCUGGAACGUGCGCGAAACAAGCUGCUGCUGGAGUAUCUUACCAUCCAGGCUGGUGUUACUGAUGAUGGAAAGGCUGCAUUUAAGGAGGAGCUUAACAAAAAGGGCAUCAAGGUGGAUGGGCCAUCUUCGAAUGAAGAUAUCCAAAUGGUUCUCAAGAUGCGCUCUUCCAAAAUGUUUGAGCAGAGUGGCAACCAAGAGCGCCUCGAGCAGCUUGAUAUCGACUCUAUUCUUGAGAAUGCAGAAGUUACCAAGACCAAGGUCGAUGACAAGAUCAACCUCAGCAGCGGAGGCAUCGAUUGGGAUAACUUCAUGCAAAUUACCGACGUCAAGGUGGAUGACAUUAACCUUGACUGGGAUCAGAUCAUUCCCGCCGACAAGCUGGCAGAGAUCAAGGCGGAUGAAGAGAAACGCCAGCACGAUGAUUACCUGGCUAAAGUUGCCGCUGAGAGUGCACCGCGACGUGCUGCUGUCAAGAGCCGAAAUCGGGAGACUGAACGAGCCGAUCGCCUCAAGAAGCGACAGCGGGAACAACAGCAAGAAGAGGAAGAAGAGCGUGCUCUGCGAGCUGAUCCUAAACGCCCUCUUAAUGACAAGGAACAACGCAACCUCAUCAAGGCCUUCUACCGGUUUGGAUCCAUGGAUGACCGCGAAGAAGACAUCAUCCGCGAAGCAAAGCUUGUCGAACGCGAUGGCAACUAUGUCAAGUCUGUCCUAGACGACUUCAUCAAAGCCGCACAGACAGCCGUGGAUGAUAAUCUCAACAGGAUGGCUGAGGAAGAGAAGAAGAUGGGCAAAAGUUUGACGAAGAAGGACAAAAAGGCUGUUCUCUUCGAUUUUGGUGGUCUGAAGAAGGUCAAUGCCGAGACGGCCAUCGAACGACCCAAACAACUACGGCUUCUUCGGGAGGCCAUCCGAGACCAGGCUGAUUGGAGAACGCUCCGCCUCCCUGACGCAACCAAGGGCGCCAACUACAGCUGCUCGUGGGGCGCUAAAGAGGAUGCCAUGCUUCUUGUUGGUAUUGACAGGCACGGAUAUGGAGCAUGGGUACAGAUACGUGACGAUCCAGACCUGGAGCUCUCUGAGAAGCUGUUCCUCGAGGAGCACCGUGUUGGCAAGAAGGAGGAGCGUUCCAAGGCCAACGACAAGCUCAAGGCGCCCGGUGCAGUGCAUCUCGUGCGACGCUCUGAGUAUCUGCUGUCCGUUCUUCUUGCAAGACAGUCUAAUGAUCGUUCUGGGCCAAGAACGGCCGAGGGUCACCGUUCCAAGAGGCAGCCACUGUCCAAUGGGCAUCGUAAUAGCGCUGCUGCAUCCCCAAGUGGCCAAGGCGCGAAACGGCCACGGGAAAAGGAGCGGGACCAAGAACGUGGGACUCCUCGACCCGAAGUCAAACGCAAGCACGGCUCCCAUGAUGAUACGCGCAUCGCCAAGUACCAUCAAGCUGAAGAAGGUCGCCGCAACAGCAGACCCGAUGAUAGAGUUGAUAGGCACGAUAAAGCUCGUCGUCGGGAUGAUGAGGACCGGGCUCGACGCCAUGAGAAACCUCGUCACAGGGAUGAUUAUCGCAGAGAGGAAUACCGCCGCGAUGAUUAUAGGCGUGACGAUAGACGCGAUGACCGCCGUGACGAUUAUCGGCGGGAUGACCGCCGUGAUGAUUAUCGGCGGGAUGAUAGACGCGAUGACAGACGCGAUGAUAGACGUGGCGACCGACGGGAUGACCGACGUGAGGACAGGCGCGAGGACAGACGUGAUGACAAUCGACGUGAUGAUCGUCACGGGGACCGCGAGAGAAGCAACCAUCAUGAGCAUCGCCCUCUGGAUGAACGGAGAGAGAAGGCAUUCCGGCGCUUGGACGAGUUACGCAGAAUUGGUGAUAACGCGGACCGGCGCCAGCAAGACAACGAUGCCAUGAUUUGGUACCUGCUCAAGCCUGUUCGAGAGAACUUCGAACGCAUCCUGUCAGCCACAAAGCACAACGUCAAGUCAAGAAAAGAGCGCGCGGCAAUUUUCUCGGUGGAGCUGGUGGUGAUUGGAACCUUCCUCGACGAGAAGCUUCCAGCUACGGUGGCAGAUACCGGCCUGAAAGAUAAUUUCUGGUAA